UCAUGUUUUUAAAAUGGAUGAGAAUUUCACUUCAAAAUGUGAAGAUAAAACAUGCGAAUGCACAGAUCCAGUAAGUUUCAGAUGUGCCACUUGUAAGAAGCUUUAUUGUUGUGGCCACAUAGAGUACAGCCUUCACAAUUGCCCAGAUACAAGUGAUCAACAAAAGGAUAAAUGGGCACUGACAUGCCUCAUGUGUAACAAACCUAUAUCAGUGACCCCUGGUGAGAGCCCAAAAGCAGCUGGCCAACAACACAUGGACAUUUGCGGUCAAGCUGACAGGACAAACAGUAGCCAAACAAAGCCUUGUGGCAUUGGGAGUCAACCAGGGUCCCUCUCAAAGAUGUUCCAGACUCCAGCCAAUGGUUAUGACAGGGUCCCCCAUGUAGAUGAAAAUGACGCUCUAGUUUACCAGGAUGGGAACUUAAUAGGUGGCUCUCUUGAUGCUUUGAUACGCCAUCUGGUGCCAACUGCCACAUACUACCCUGAUAGAACUUAUGUCUUCUCAUUCCUACUGAGUUCAAGGUUGUUUAUUCACCCUCAUGAACUACUGGGAGAAGUGUGCAAGAUCUGUGCACUACAACAACAGUUGACAGACAGUAGAGUGAAUAGGGAGAAACUUGGCCAAUUUGGACCUCACUUAUUACAGUUACUCAGUGAAUGGACAGAGAUGUUCCCUUACGACUUCAGGGACGAUAGAAUCAUGAAACACCUGAAGGAUAUCACACAAAAAAUUAUAAGUUUAUAUCCAGAGUUGCGAAAAGACUUCAAUAUGCUAAUGCAUAAUCUUAUUACUCGGUUGUCAGGUCUGCAGAAAUACGAGGAGGUUUUAACGAAGAUCCACGCAGAGGCUCAACACAGACUGCUACAUGUAGUACCAACAACAGACCUCUAUGAGGUGUGCCCUAGUCCCCUUGUGUUGGCCCAACAACUCACACAUAUAGAACUAGAGAGACUCAGUAACAUAGGACCAGAGGAAUUCAUACAAGCCUUCAAAUCUGAGACUUCCAAUAAUAAAAAAGACAUUACUAUAACCAAUGUGGAUAAAAAGAAGACCAAUAACUUAGAGGCGUAUGUGCAGUGGUUUAACAGACUCAGUUAUUUAGUCGCAACAGAAAUAUGUAUGCAUUUAAAAAAGAAGCACAGAGUACGGAUGAUAGAAUACUUUGUUGAUGUAGCGAAGGAAUGCAUCAAUAUUGGCAACUUUAACUCUCUGAUGGCCAUCAUAGCAGGCAUCAAUAUGAGCCCAGUUGCCAGGCUGAAGAAAACCUGGGGCAAAAUCAACACACAAAAGUUUGAAAUUCUUGAGCAUCAGAUGAAUCCAUCAUCGAAUUUCACUAGUUACCGAUCCUCCCUAAAGGCAGCGCUUUGGAGAUGUCAAGGUGCCGCAGAUGACAGAGAACGGAUUGUCAUCCCAUUCUUCAGUCUAUUUGUGAAAGAUCUCUAUUUCCUGAAUGAGGGCUCUUCAAAUAGAACCACGGAUGACCAGAUUAAUUUUGAGAAAUUCUGGGAGGUUGCCAAACAAAUAUCAGAGUUUAUCUCUUGGAAACAAGUUGAAUGUCCAUUUGAUCGCCAUAGCAACAUACUCAAUUAUGUACUGACAAAUCCCGUCUUCUCAGAAAACUCUCUCCAGUUAGCUUCAUUUGAAUGUGAACCUCCAGAGAAUAACUUUGAGAAGGAAAAACAUAAACAGUUAAAAAUGGAGGCUGGUAUAUGAAGUCCUACAUUGCCACAUCAUGACAUCAUCAUGCGACAUCAUGACAUCACAUAUUGCCACAUCCUGACAUCACCAUGUCACAAUCAUCAUAUGUGCUCAUUGUACCAUAGAACCAUAUUGCCAGUCAGGAGUAACCAUAGGACAUAAUAUCACAUGAGAAACAUGGAGCUAAGGAUUUAAGUAAAAAUUGACAAAGAGAUACAUGUACAUAAUACAUGCACAAUUGCAAUUUUACCAUUGCAGCUUAAAUACACAUGUAAACUGCUUGCAGAUUGAGCAAGUAUACUUGUACUUAUUGUAUUGUCACAUGACACAUUGUCACAUGACUUACUGUAUUGUCACAUGACUAACUGUAUUGUCAAAUGACUAACUGUAUUGUCAUAUGACUUACUGUAUUGUCAAAUGUGACACUUUGUGCUGUGUGAUAAAAGAUGGAGAGAUUGCAUUGAAAGCUGAUUUAUGAGCAAUCCCACUAAAUAUAUCAAAUAGCAGUUCAGGAUGGAUUGAGGAGGAUUAAGUGAAUGAAUGCACACAGAAUUCAGUGUGACAAAGCACAUUUAGCAUUAUUCAAUGUUUCAGUGUGACAAAGCAGUCUUAGAGCCUAGAACAAAAUUCAGUGUAAUGAAGAGAUUCAGUGUGACGAAGAAAUUCAGUGUGAUGAAGAGAUUAAGUGUGACGAAGAAAUUCAGUGUGACAAAGAGAUUCAGUGUGACGAAGAGAUUCAGUGUCACAUGGCACACUACACCUCACAAAAACUGAAACGAGAGAUUAUGGUGGCAUUUUAAGAAGGCUUAAAAACUAUUGCAAAAGUUUAAUAUCUAAAUCAAUAUUCUUACUCAUGCUCUAAAAUAUACUCAUUCAAUCAAGAUGGAUGUCUUAUUUGAUGUCCUACACAGCCCAUCUGCAGCAAUGUUGUAUGGUACCUUUUUGGAAAUGGUACUGUACGCUA